AUGGUUGAAACAAGAAGAGGAGGGAAGAGGAAAGAGAUUCCGAGGAAAGAAGCAGAGAGUAAGACAAAGAAGAAAAAAACGGUGAAAACGAAGGAGACGGCGGAAGAAUCUUCGACGGCGCCGAUGAACUACCUCUUGGAAGCUGCAGCGGCUGUUGUGUCUAAAGGGAACAAAGAGGAAGACGGCGACCCAGACGGCAAGGAAAACGCCGAGGAAGACGGCGAGGACGACGACGAUGGUGAGAAAGAAGGCUCCGACGACGAGGAAGACGACGAUGGUGAGAAAGAAGGCUCCGACGAGGAAGACAUCGAGGGAACAAAGGACGACGAGGAAGACGGCGAUGGUGAGAAAGAAGGCUCCGAGGAGGACGAAGAGGCGCAUGAAAGUGGAGAGGACGAGGCGCGUGAAAGCGGAGAUGGCAAAGAUGCGUCUGCAUCGGAUGUAAACGGUGAUGAGGUUUUAGGAGGCAAGGAUAAAGACAUGGAGGAGGAAACAGCAGCACCAAAGUCCACACCAGAGGUCGAAGAAGAGAGAGAGACGGAUGAGGAAGUUGAGGAAACCGAGGCAGUAAAGCCAACUAGGAUGUUCUUCUAUGUAUCGGAGUACAAGAAACAAAUCAAGCUAGGGACAAGAUUUAUGAUAGCAGACGUUAUUGAGACGUUUUUUUCACUGAGCCCAGAGGCAACUAAUUCGGAGAGGAGGUGGUUUCAGGAGCAUCCACAAUUCUGUCACUUGUUCCACAAGCAACUGGAUGCAAAAUCCCAAGAAUAG